AUGAUGGAAGAGCCAGGGCGUUCUUCACCUUCCCAACCUCCCCGCAACAGCCCCCUGGGACCAAGCCACUGUCCUAUGCAACUUACAGGCUUAGGCAAUGCCCUCCAGCUGGUAAGCAGCAGCAAGACCUUCUAUCGAGUGGAUGAACCGCGGACCUGGAGAGAGGCCAUGUGGUACUGCCAGGAGCAUUACACAGACCUCGCCGACCUGCAGAGCAUGAACAGCCCAGUGAGCAUCAUGGUGGUCUACUCCUACAUCAGCAGUACCCAGGCAUGGAUCGGCCUCUUCUACGAUGUGCGCAUCUCUGGCCUGAGUUGGUCCAGUGGUUCCAUCUUUACCACUCCAACGUGGAGUGUGCUGCCUGCCUUUCAGGACGGCAUCUGUGCUACUCUAUAUUCAUUGACCACAGUCCCUGUCCUGGGGGCUGCUUCCUGCACAGCCAAGAAGCCCUUCAUUUGCUAUUAUGACCCUGCUGUAGGACACCGCAUCUUCUUGGUGUCCCCUCUUGAAGAACUGACCACUCUUCCAAAGGAAGCUGAGGUCAAGAUUGGUGAACAGACCUUCAUUCGGAUUAAACAAACCAUGUCAUGGCUCUCAGCUCUGACCUACUGUCGCAACCACUAUACAGACCUGGCUGAUCUGCAGAAAGUGACUGAUGAGCAGGGCAAAGAAACCCUCCAGUCCAUCACAAAUGAUGUCGAUGCCUGGAUUGGCCUCUACUUCGAUGUGAAGGUCAACAAUCUGACCUGGUCCAGUAACUUGGGUUCCAGCAUCCCCGAAUGGCUUCAGAGAAUACCUGUGUUUGGUCAAGGACUGUGUGCAGGACUCCGUAUCUUUUCGAAUUCCCCACCUCAGAUUUAUGCACUAUUUUGCCAUGAGCUGAAACCUUUCAUCUGUUUCUGGGACCCCUCCAUUGGCCAUCGGGAAUCGGAAGAGAUGCCUCCACUCACUGAUACUUCCUCCCCCAAAGUGACUCGCCCCUCAAGGACAACCUCUAGGCUAAACACAGGGACCAGCACUGGCCCCGAAGAUGCCUCCCAAGCACUGGUUUCAGCAACCUGGAUCCAGAAGCAAGUGAGUCAUGAACCAAGUGAGGCCAGCUCUGGCACCUGUGGUUUUGGUACCUGUGAAAUGGCCACUUCUGCCCCCACCACCGUGGGCCUCACAGCUCUCCAAACUCAAGGGAUGGUUUCAACAAGUCCUCUGGUGACAACAGCACCUUCAGGAGAGAUGGAUAAGCCUUUGGAGGAAGAAAAAUGGGCUGGUCGAGAAGGUCCAUCAAGGGAGAAGAGCCCGGAGCACUCCUUUGGAGUCUUGAAAGCAGAUUUUACCAUGUCAACACUGAAGGAUCCAGAAGAGAUGAAAGACCAGUUUCUGAGCGAGAUCCAAGAAGUCUUAAAGUUUGCACUAGGUCAUGAGGAAUUCACAUUGAAAUGGAUUGGCUUCGAAGUGAACAAAAAGUAG